AUGACCAUUGAGUCUCUCUCCCCUGGUGCUUUGACUGGCGAGGAGCCCGAGAUAGUCAUGCAAGCUUUCGCCUACCAUCACAUGGUAGCCAAGGUCAGGGGCGAGCAUAAACGGAACAAGGUACUGCCUUUGCCAACACCCGGCUUGCACACGGAGCUGGUAACGGACAGUCUGGGCGGGAACUUGUGCUCCAAUGCUCAUCGGCGAGACGGGAUCCUCACGCCCGACCCUGACCUCGAGGCCGAAGCCAAGGACUUUCUCUGGCAGCGGCUGGCAAAGUUCAGCCUUGAGUGCAAUAUCCGGCGGUGCGAACACGCGGACUGUCUCAUCGCAAAGGGUGUCAUGACGAAGGCUGCACCUCCCUGCAACUGGACCGCAUUCCGAGAGUGGGCGUUGACCGUCGUGUCCUGCCAAGCCAGCUUUACACCAAAGCAGAAGAUAUCUGCUGCACAUAUGCAAAUGGCACGAGCCGCGUCUGGGUGUUCCCUGAUCCUGAAGUCGUGGGCCAAUGCCACGAACUUGGGAGUCCGGUCCUUUGCACAGCCGAGCCUGAACGGACAGGUGAUCGAUAUGGCUGGCGUCUGUAGUCUGAUCUAUUGGAUGCUCAGCAUCCAGGCCGACCUGGGCGUUGGACCGAGAGAUUUUGGGCAGUGGGAUCGGUCCCUGGUGCCGCCCGCGGCGACCUUGCCGGCCAUUGUGACGGCUCACCAGCAACUCUCGCAGUUCAACAUUUGCAGGCGGCGUCUCUGGGCUAUCGUCAAUCAGAGCGAUCGCAGAGACGGCGAUCUUCCGGACCUCGUCGUGGCUAUAAAGCGGCACGCACGGGCGCUCUCACAAAAGGACCAUGGGCUUUGCACCUCUAGCAAGUGCCAACAGGCGCAUAUGAAUACGACGCGAACGAGUCAAAUGCACAAAUGCCCUAGCACCAGAUGCCGAGAUCGGACCAUCCCAACGGAACGAGUUCCAGCCGCUGUGGAGUUAGGCCAUCGCACGGCAUGGGAUACGGCGGGGAAACAACUCUGCGGCGCGGAUGAUGAGUACAUUGCCAUCUCCCACGUCUGGUCGGAUGGGACCGGCGCAGGGGGGAAGAACCCAGGGACGGUCAACGAAUGUCUCUUCAACUUUUUCCGUGACCUUGCCAUACACUACGACUGCAAGGCGUUCUGGUGGGACGUGAUAUGUGUGCCCUUUGAACGCAGGGCCCGUGAUCGAGCCCUUGGAGUGAUGCAUACCAACUAUCGCGAUGCAAAAUGCACUGUCGUGCACGACAAUUAUCUACUCAGCUUCCCCUGGUCCGACGACGGAGGCCCAUGCCUGGCGCUCGUCCUGUCUCCCUGGUUCUCCCGGGGCUGGACGGCGCUGGAGCUGGCCGUUUCGCGCAAAGUGGAGGUUUUGUUCGGCGAUGGAAAAGGGGGCUGGGUCUAUAAGGACCUUGACGACGAGAUCCUGGCCAAGUCGCCGGGCACAUCCUCCCGUGCACAUUGGCUGGCAUCCGUCUUGAUUCGUCGGGUUCGUAGGCGUAUCGAGAACAUCGGGGACCUGAUCGCCAUCCUACGCCCACGCAGCACCGCCUACACGCGUGAUCGCACCGGUAUUGCUGCUCUCUUGGCCAACGUGCCUGACUGUGACCUGUCUCGCAGGGAAAGUGAGAUCACUGAGCGCAUCCUCCAGCAUGUUGGCCGGAUCCCAUACGGAUGUUUGCUCCAUGGAGCCUCGACGAUCCGUGACAGUGGAGCUUUCUCCUGGGCGCCGGCCACGCUGGAUGAGAUGCCCAUGGACCUUUCGGCUGACCUUCAAGUGGAUACCACUGCCAAAGACCGACACCAGUUGAAGAUUACUGAGGAGGGCGCCAUCGAGGGGUUCUGGUGGUAUCGGGCCGUUAAUGGGGAGGAUAUGGAAACGAAACGGAUUGUGCCACUUGGCGACAACCUCGAAUCCAUAGUCAAGGUACAUUCGUCCCUGACUGAUUGGGAUAAAUGCAUUCUGCUGCGGUUCAAGCAGAACAUGGAUACUGCCGUUCUGGCAACGACGGUCAAAACCGACCGAUCAGAAGCCGGGGUCACAGGGGCGCAAACCCGUUGGACCUGGGGCCAGGUCACCUUGGGGGAUGACGUCGUCGAUUGGGAUAAUAACGUCGAUUGGGAUGACGUCGUCGAUUGGUAUAACGUCGAAUGGGGUAACCGCAAAUGGGAGGGCAAACAGGCCAACGGCGAUGUCGAGGGAGGCACUGUCGCUGAUGCAGAUGGCGAAUCAGACGAAGGAUCUGGCGCUGACGUCGACCAGGUGGCUCCUGCUAAGUUGCCGCUGGUUCUCGCUUCAGAGGCCAUUGAAGCGAUUGAGCAUGAGCAAGGUAGGGAUGCAGGGAAAACUGGAUACACAGUAGGAGGGCUGAUAAAUGCCGUCGCAAGUCAGCUUGCAAGCAAUGACGAAGGCGGCAAAGUGAGCGCGACGGGGCCCGAUCACCCCUUCCAGGGGGCACCUUUGGAUUUGUUCAGCAUCAAAUGGAUUCUUCAACGAGUAAAGAACCUAGACCGUCGCGAGCAGCACCUUCUAGUCGCCAUUGCGGAAAGAGAUGAAAAUGCAAUGCAAUAUCUCAUCCGAGACGGCGUGCGGCUCGAGAGUAGCGUGGUCGUGGAUCUGGCGGCGGAGAUUGGAACAAAAACCAGAAGUAUCUAUGAGAACUUGCUGGUGCUCGGCCAGGUCUACCGACGGAAUAGCGUCUGGGAGAAAGCAGAGGAUAUUCUUCAAGUCGUCAUCGGCCGAUUCGAGGAGCUCAAGGAAGAGGACGUCCGAUACCACAGCUUCAGCCACAUCGCUAAAAGCGCCCUGGCCAGCAUUCUAGAGGCCCGCGGAGAGCCGGACAAGGCCAUUGAUCUGUACCGGCAGGUCCUGAACUAUUACCGCGAUGCCAUCGACUUGCUCGAAGUCCUCAUGGGUGCCCUGCCCGAGCUCGAAGGCGACCUGAUAUACGGUGCCGAAGAGAGCCACAUCGACUAUUCUAUGCCAUUUAUCGGCAGUUUAACCAACAGCUCGUGGAAUGACGAUAUCAAACUCAAAACCAUCACGGAUCUGACUGUUCUGUAUGCAGAGCAGGGCAGACUGACAGAGGCAGAAAGCGUCUUCAAAAAGGCCAUCGCAACGGUUGGCUCCGACUUUCAUGUGCCUUGCUUUGCCUUGGACUGGACAGACAAGUACCUCAAGAAUUUCGCCUGCCGAAAGAGAGUGUAUGCUCGCCAUGAAAAGACGUAUAAGCGUGCACUCUGGCAAUUCAAGCGACUCCUCGGCGACCACCACCCUUGGAGGCUGUCAGCUCUCGCGAAUGCCCCGAAGAAUCUCAUCCGCUAUGCCCGGUAUUUCUACGGGAAAUUCCUCGUCGCGCAGAACCGAAUACAGGCGGCGCAGGGCCAGUUCAGCCUCGUCCUGUCUGGUUUCCCGGACGAGCUUAGAGAUGCUGAGAGCUUCCGGUUUGCUGCUUUGAUGCAGAAGGGGAUCUGCCUUUUGUACCAGACGAAGUAUCAGAAUUCACUUCCUCUUUUUGACGCUGCGUUGGAUGGCUUUCAGCGAUGCAACAUGGACAAGGGAGUAUUCAAUAUCGUGAAGAGCACAACUCGUCAGUCCCAGGCAUGGGCAAUGUUCAGGCUAGCGCGCUCUGAAGAAGAGAGGAUAGAAGCCAUCAGUCUGUGCCAGGGUGUUCUUGAGGACCAAGAGGAGAGCUGGGAAAAGUCACGUUCUGCGAAUCCCGCAGAACGGGAAAAUAUACCCACGAGCCACGAAGGGAUCGCUGAAAGCCAACUAUGCCUUGGGAUUAUGUACACCCUCAAAGGUGAAUUUGUCAAGGCUCGUGAAAUACUGGGCAAGGCUCUUCAUGCCUUUGAGCAAGUAGUUGGUAACUCCGAUAUCAGAACACUUGCCACGGCCUAUCGCCUCGGGCUUGCCUACAAGGAGCAAAGUUUAGUGGAAACCGAUCGAGAAGCUGGCGUCGACCUGCACACCCUUGCUAUUAAGCAGUUGGAGACAGUCAUGAUGGGUUCCUUUAAGGUCCUGGGUCCGUUUCACACUCCGACUCUGAAACCUGCCAUGGCUUUGGGACAAAUCUACAUGGCAUUGGCUGGAUUCGCUACAAUCCCACGUAGUUUUGAUGAUGUGAAGGAGCAUUUUGGAAAAGCACAGGAGUAUUUUGAAACGGCACUGGCCAGAUUCGAGACAACGCAUGCUGCAGACUAUCCCGUGACAUUCGAGCUGGAGCAAGCGCUAGGCAACGCGCUCCGAAUGCAGGGGAUGCUCAGUGAAGCAGAAGGAAAACUUCGGUACGCCGUUGUGAACUUCCACCAUAGGGGCGAGACCUACAAGAUAUCGGAGGCACAUGCCCUAUCCGAUUUGGGGCAUGUUUACCUGGAUCGCGAAAAUUGGGAUAAAGCCAGAGACAGCUACGACAAAGCUUUGAAGAUAUGUCAAGACCACGCAGACGACCAUCUCGCCACCAUGCAGCAGGUUUAUCUCGGCGAGUCGGAGCAUGGGCCUAACACCGACGGCGCCUACAACGGCUUACAGCAAUUGGCGAAGGAGCCAAGGGCAACCGUAGUCACCCGGCUCGAUGCUGCAGCGUGGCUGGGCGAUAUGUACCAGCGGAAACCGGAUAAUGCGACUGCACGUCGGUGGCUCGAGCAGGCUUUCGAGGGAUACCUGACGCACUUGUAUCCAGACCACUCGUCUACUAUCCGAGUCUAUCAACGACUGGGCCAGCUAUACCAGGCGCUUCAUUUAAAGCUCGAGGGGAAGACCCUGAUUCGGAAAUAUAACUUGGCCACGAGGGGCCCAGGCUGGAGGGGAACAAAGCCACAGUGA